AGUCUGUUAAGAGGGGGAUUUCUGGAGCUGGGGGAGGAGCUUCAGGGGGAUUUUCUGGAGCUGGGGGAGGAAGCAAGCUAGAGAGAAGGGGAUUCACGGGAGCUAGAGUGGGGAGUUUUUGAGAGAGAUUUUGGGGUGGAGCAUUGGAUAUAGAGAGAGCAGCGAGUGACAGCCCAGGACUUGGGUUGAGGAAGAGAUUUUCAGGUAUGGCCAUUUGUGGUUUUUUCCGUAUAUUCUCUCAUCUUUCAUAUUUCUCCUGUCUGAUUCUCUAUGAUUUCAUCUCUGUUUGUUGGGUUGCAUUGUUUUGAUGAUUAUUGGUUUAAUAUUUGAGGGGUUUGAGGCCUUUUAUGCUCUGUUCUAGUAAACAUUUUCCACCUGAAUCCACUAAUUGUUGGACCCAUGGAUAAAGUAAUGAAAUGGGUUUAACACGUUCGUUAAGGGCUUCAUGAUUCUUUUUCCCGUUGCUAUCUUCUUGCCUCCUUGUCUUUCCUCCUGAAGAUACCUUCAAGGUUUUGAGAUUGGAAGAAGCCGGCUGUAGCUAAAUCCGAUAUUAUGGUAAGAUGGUUGGUGGUCCCAGUCUCCUGCAUUGAUUCAUUCUAGAGGUUGACUCUACCCCUGAUGAUCUUGAGAUGUUGUGACGCCUAUAUGUUCUGAAAUGAAGCUUUAAAGGUAGCCAAUAUGGUGGAGGAUAGAUUACGUUUUGGUGAUGAGUUUCAGCCAUGAAGUUCCAUAAAGGCUCAGUCGGUUCAGAGACACCAUUUGGAAUUUAUUGGUAGCCUAGUCGUGUGUAUAAGAAGUAUUCAGUGGGUCUUCUCCUUAAAUGACUUCGUUACCGAGCAUUCAGUCACCAUAAGUUACAUCCAAAGUUGCUACCAAUGACCAAAGAGAGGCCUCUGAAUGAUUUCUGAACCUGUCCGGGCAGUCUUCGACUAUGCUAAUGUCAAAUGAGUUCGCGAUACUGUCAGAUCAUGUUUUGAAGGUCCACGUUGUUCUGUCAGUAGGCCGAGCACCUGAAAUAUGCGUCAUAAUCUCUAGAAUUUUGAGUUAAUUCUAGAGUCAUGUGGAGUAAGGCAUAUCAGAAUAUGCAUAAUGGCAAUCCUCCCUCUUCUUACCUAGCCAACAUACCCAUAUCCUCAUGCCCACUAAACCGAUCACCACCUCACACUCCUCUUAUCCUCCAUACCAUAGGUGUAUCACCAUCAACCUGACCCAUAUUGCUCAUCAAGCUCUCCCCAUUUUCCACGCGGCAUUGGCCAUUGUUUAACAUGACGUUAUUGCCUAUUGAGAGACUUCCAAUAAACCUUUAAGUGCUCUGGACGAGGGCACUAAUCUGGACCCAAACAUCAUCUUUGCUGAAUGCUCCUCGUGUUUCAAUGGGUCUCUAAAGUCUGAGUGAAGAGGGAGUAUGAAGAGUUCAAGAUUCGGAUAAAUGCAUUGGUUUCUAUGGCCCAGAAGUUUCUUGAGGAAAGUUGCAUGGGAUAGCUGAUUCAGCCGAGGUAAUGGAAUAAAAAUCUGGAAAGAAUUCCCUGAAGACUCAUUUUGAAGUUGUGAUUGCUAGAUUCCCCAUUACCUCAUUCUUUCAUUUCUGUUUGGUUCGUCGGAAGUGGAAUCCAUUGCUCAUUGGUGCAGGGAUGUGGUGGUGCUGGCUGAAAUUCAAUUUGUCUAUGUCAUUGACUGUCUUGGUUUCGACGCAUCUGAUGAGUUAGCAGGAGUGCAGUAUGUUGGCAACCCACACUUUUGGGUAAAUGAAGGUAGAUCAUACCAGGAAGAGGGACAGAAGAAUACAGAAGGUUAUAUCCGGGGCAAGGCUGGAACAAAGUUGGUUUGUGCUGUCUUGUCACUGCCAGUUUCUUCAAAGUUUUUAAGUCCUAGUGGAGAACAAGUGAAUAAUUUUGUUACCAGAACUGUCCCUGACUACCUUGAACAGGGAAUACUUCAGAGGCAAGGAGUCAACACUGGGAUUUAAGUUAUUAUUUUGUCAAGGUUAGAGGGUAUAUAUUAUUGAGAAAAAUAUAGAUUAAUGGAAGGUUUAGUUCCACUUCCAGGCUAAAAGCAGAAUCAUCAUACAGCUGCUCGCAAAAUUGUCUCAAAUAUAUCUCUGAAAGAUCUGUGGCUGCUUGUGCGUGAAGGGUCCUUGGCUGAUAUGGAUUUGGCACUGGUGCAACUGAAGAAGAAUGGAGGAAAGUUAUGCAUGAUCAUGGAAAUUUCUUGUGUCUUCGAUCAGAUAUACAAAGAGCAUCUCAAUGGCAUGCGCCCCGGUGGUGAUAAAAUUUACCAUGUCUUUGAUAACCAAUUUCCUGCUGUUCUGAAAAGGUUGCAAUUUGAUGAAGCAACCAUUCUUUCUGAUACAAUUCAAUUGCUCUAGGACUUGACAGCUCAAGUUGAGAAACUGAAAGCUGAGAAUGCAUCACUGAAUGAAGAAUCCCGUGAAUUAACUCAGGAGAAGAAUGAUCUCAGAUAAGAGAAGGACACGCCUUAUAGCAAUAAAUAUGAUAUGCCAUUCAGCUUGAUCCACGUUCCAGCUGAUGAGCCUGGUGUUGGUAGUCUUGCAUCAAGACAGACAAUCUCUUCGCCCAAUUCUGCCAGUGCUGGUUCUCAAGGAUUCUUUGACUCGUGAACCAGGAAUUAAGGUUCAUCAUGCCAAUAUCCAAGCGUCAAAAGUUGUGGCCUAUGGUGCUGCUGUGCAGGCUGCAAUCUUGAGCGGUGAGGGCAAUGAAAAGGUCCAAGACCUACUGUUGUUGGAUGUCACCCCUCUCUCCCUUGGUUCGGAGACUGCUGGUGCUGUCAUGACUGUCUUGAUUCCAAGGAAUACAAUAUGUGCAGCUUGCUAUGAGAAUGCUAGAAGCAUAGUUGCAUUCAUCAACAAGUUUGAAAAUGAUAAGGGAUUCGAUAAAUCCAAUAACUCCACUGUCUUUCCUGCAAAUUCCUCCAAGGGAUUUUCAAAUGCUUUGAAAUGGGUGCAGGAAAUGAAAGAGAUAGAAGAGGAACUUAACGAGAAAUUGAGCUUUCUUGGAGGAUUUGCUGCUGCUUUCGGAGACCAAAUUCACACUCAUAUUGAAGUCAAGCCAGGCCACAAUGGACCUUCUCUAUUUGCACAUAGAACAUUAUUGGCAACAAGGUCAGAGAUCUUCAAGAACAUGCUGGACUCAGAUGGAUGCAAAGCUGCACCAACUAACACCAUAACGCUCCCGGAAUUGAACCAUGAAGAGCUUGAUUUUCUCCCUGAGUUCCUCUACAGUGGAGCCAUGACUGCAGGGCAAGCUUAUGAAGCAAUGAACAAUGCUGGGCACCUGGAUUCUGACAUGAUUGUUAUCCUUAACGACCACAGGCGGGUUUCAUUACUCACUGCUACUCUAGAUGGGCCCAUACCACCUGUAGGAGCUUUGAGCAGUGCUCUUAAUAGGUUACAAUCAAACAGACCUCUUAGAGAAUUAUGAGAGGUUACCAAGGGCGUUACCAAACAGAUUGGCGGACCGAUGCAUGAAUUGGCUGCAAAAGUUGAUGAAUAUGCUCUUGGGAUGGUCAGUGGUUCUGGAUCAACACUUUUUGAAGAGCUUGGACUCUACUAUAUAGGUCCUGUUGAUGGCCAUAACAUAGAUGACCUCGUUGCCAUUCUCAAGGAGGUUAAGAGUACCAAGACAACAGGUCCAGUUUUGAUCCAUGCUGUCAUAGAGAAAGGCCGCGGAUAUCCAUAUGCUGAGAAAGCUGCAGAUCACCAACUUCAAAGUAGGCAGGUCCACGUGCAUGGCCAUCUUUGGGCCAUAGUGCCAUUUCCCAUUUCACCAUCUCUAAUUUUGAAAAAUAUUCUUUUAAAUCCCUUUCUUCAAAUAAUUUUCUAGUUCUUAGUUUGUUUUAAAAUAAUUUCAAACUCAUCCAUUUUUCAUCCUUAGUUUUUUUCUUAGAUUCCACAAAUCCAUUUUUCCAAUAAAAUUUUGCUGCCACUCUUCUUCUUGGCAAGCCAUUUUCACAUCUCUUUUGAUUUUUUAAAAUGUUUUAAAAUAAGCAAUAAUCAAAUUUUGUAAUUACUAAUGAUAGAAUUUACGGAUUUGGUUCAUGCAAAAUAAACGGGCUUUGGUGGGGGCCCAACAUCUGAGAUUUAAGAAUAAAUUCGAUUGGAUUAUGAUAUUUGGUGAUUCCAUGCUAUGAUUUAGUAACAUUUGAGCUACAUUUUGUAUUCAUUAUUGUACAUUAACCCCCUCUCUUGAUAGCGCAUAUCGGUUCGACACCCAAGUACGUAUUUACUCGCCUCAUGGUCACUCCUUAUGCUU